AUGCCGCUCCCGUCCAUCGAGCAGAUCGAAGACUACCUCGAGCGCGUUGAGGAGCUCGUCGUCUCCAGCCUCAACGCCGCGACCCCGGACUUGCCCAAGGUCUCCGAGACCAUCCAUCGCCUCUGGCAGGAUGUUCUCCGCCACAGUCCACAAGCCGUUCCCGCGAGCCUGAAGAAGGGCCUCGGGGCGUUUGAGAUCCCGCCUCCACCCCCGCCGCCUCCUGCGCCCAAGGGUUUCUUUGACGGCACCGCGGACUGGGUCGCCGAUCAUCCGUGGACGACCGCCGGGAUCAGCGUUGGCGUAGUUGGCGCCGGGUUGCUCGUCGGGUAUGCGUCCCCGCGGUUCAGACAUAGGCGGGUUGGGAUGCGGAGGCAAGCGCAUGCAGCGGCGAAUACGGAGAGGAGGAACGUCGUUGUCGUUCUUGGAGGUGAUAACCCUCUUGGUCUCCCUCUCAUUCUCGAUCUCGAGAAGAAGGGCUACAUUGUCAUCACUAGUGUCUCUACUCCUGAAGCCGUCGAAGAGAUCGAAAGCAAAUGCCACGGAUAUGUUCGUGCCCUUGUCCUAGACCCCACAGAGCCCGAAAUGAUUCCAUUCUUCCUACGAUCUCUUGCUUCCACAAUGUCCCGCAGGUUCCCCAUCAACGCUGCCGGAGACCCGCACGCUCCCUCUUCCACCCACCUCUUCGUCCACUCUGUCGUGUCCCUUCUCACCCUCCCAUCAUCCGCCACCCCACCUUCCAUCGCUCCUCUGGAACACCUCAACCUCCGCACGUCCUACCAAUCCUACCUUCAAGCCACGCACAUCACCCCGCUCCAAAUUUUCCAGGCGCUCCUGCCCCUAUUACGCGCUUCUCCAGCCCGCGCCCGCGAUACCCUUGCCAACGGUCUCGGAAAGCAGAGCAUCGUCGUCUGCCUGCCCUCGACCGACGCACGCGUCGGUCUUCCCUUCGCAAGCGCGCAAGCGAUGAGCGCCGCCGCGACGCUGCGCGGCGUCGAGGUCCUUCGGCGUGAGAUUCGCGCGUCUGCGGCCUCGGCGGUCGGCAUCCCCGCGGCCGAUGCGAUGCGCAACAUCAAGGUGGUCGUGGUCGACGUCGGCGCCGUAGGUCCCGCGCCAUCCGCCGCGCUCGAGGGUAGCCUCACCUCGCUCGAGGAGUGGACUCCAUCCGAGCAAGCAGCGUACGGGGCGGCGUUCGCGUCGCUGCUCGAGCAAGGCGGCGCGCGGGGGAUGCGGCGGCAGCCGAGCGAAGUGUCGGCGUUCGUGCGCACGGUGGCGGACGUCGUCGGGAGCGGCCGGAGGGGCGAGCGAGCGUGCUCGGCGGUUCGUAUGAGCCUCGGGAGGCUGCGCGAGCUCGUGUGGGGAGACAGGGUGGUCGUCGGCGCUGGAGCCCGCACAUAUGCGCUCGCCUCGCACCUGCCUGCGAUCAUCCUUGAUGGUCUCCUCAAUAUUCCCUACCUCCUCGUCUCCCUCCGCAACUCCCUUCUGCCCGUUCCACCGCGCGUCGCGCUUCCUCCCCCGCCUGAACCUGUCGCUCCCGCCGCCCCGACCGUUGAUAUCGCACCGCCUCCCUCCACAGAGAAAGUGGCCACAGGAACGCCUGAGAGUGAUCGCUCCCACUCCGAGACGGGCAGCGAGGCGGAUGUCGAGAGCAACGAGGGCGGGUAUGGCACCGGCGUAGGCGAGUCGUGGGUGAGCCUCAAGAGCCAGCCGGCGUCGUGA